AUGGCGACUGGUGGUGGCGACGAGAAAGGAGCGUGGUACCAAGUGCCGACUUGGGAUGGGUCGCCAUUGACAUGGCGAUCAUUUAGAAGGGAGAUGACUUGGUGGGUCAGCAGCUUGGACUUGCAGGCCACGGCCAAGUAUAACUUGGCUGCUCGCUGGCUCCUCAGACAGACCGGCAUCGUUCGCCAGCGUGGGGAAGAGUUCAAUCCCGAUGAACUGCAAUUCAAGCCCGCUGAAACCUACACCGACCCUGUUUCUGGCGAAUCUGUUGAGGUGACCCCUGCAGACUAUUUGUUUGGGUUGAACAAAUUGCUCACCGCCCUUGAAGCAAUCAACGGACAGAGUUUGUUGGAUAAGCGUGGUGAGCUUCGCAACUUGUUCUACUUGGAGUUGAAGCGGUCUCCCAAUGAGCGUGUUGCUGAGUUUUGCACCCGCUUCAGGACCUUGGCUGCCGACCUCAGUGCAGAGGGAGUUUCGAUUCAGAGCACUGAACUCGGCUGGUUCCUUCGCCAGAAGCUUGGCCUUGAUAGUCUGCGUCAACAGCUUCUUGAAACUGCCCUUGGCGGCCGCGAGGAGUACAAUGUCGUGGAGGCUGAAUGCUUGCGCCUUUUUAAGGACCUACAUCACAACGAUCCUCUUCGCCGCUUUGACCGACAAGGAGACCGUCCGAAGUUGACGAUUCGACGGCUGUUUCAAUCGCAAUCCCAAAAGGGACCAUCGUCUUCGGCAUCCACUAUCAGCCGAUCACCGUCUAUGUUCUCGGCGGCGACUUCGGCACGCUCUUCGAACUCUACCAGCACGAGACGUGCCUAUGUGACUGAGACUGAUGAUGGUCAUGAUCAGUCGCAUGAAGAGGUUUUGGAGACCGUGGCCGAGGAAGACCAUGCCGGUGAGCAAGCGGCUGAUCCGACCUUGGAGGAGGUCAUCCAGAGCGAAGCUGAGUGUUUGGCCACUGAACUUCAGGAGGCCGAAGAGCAGGGCAUCGAUCCAGGUGUCCUAGAGGAAAUGGAGUCUUCGUUUGAGCAGGCCGCUGAGGCCCUUGUCACGAUGAAGGAGGCGAAAAGCCGCUUGCAGGAGGUUCGCAAGGACCGUGGCUUCGGUCGAGCUGGAGCAGUUGGAGGUGGACGGCAAAACGCCGGAGUUCCAGCGGCCAGAAAGGCCUCGGGGAAGCAUCCAUGCUUCGAUUGCAAUCAGCAUGGUCAUUGGGCUGGCGACAAGGAGUGCCCUAAGCCUGGUGCAGGUCUUGGCCGAAAGGGCCCUCCAGCUGCCGCGAAAGCAAAAACGCGGCAAGUUCGUGUGACCGAAGCCUUCCAAGCUGAGCAUGUCGUUGUUCCUGAACCCCUUGCACCUUCACCAUCGAGUACAUCCACACCUUUGGAAAACCCUGGGUCCCCUCACGAGGUCAACAUGGUUUUGCACGGGAGUUCAACCAUGCCCUUGGGUCAAGCCUUUGAGCAGUCGUUGGCGAAUGCCUUGAACUCCACCCUCGUUUCGACCGCCGCACAGGACUUGCCGAACGAGAAGCACCAUGUUGGGGCCCUAGAUAGCGCGUGCAAUCGCAGUUGCGCUGGACCGACUUGGCUGCAGAGCUAUGUCUCCCAGCUUGAGAGUGCACCACCGUACCGUUCAUUCGUGCUUUACUUCACCAUGUCUCCGAAUCGGAGCGAUUCAAGUUCGGCAACGGAGGUCCCCAUUCCUUCGUUGGGUUGUUUACUCGGUCGCGAUGUGUUGGAUGCCCUCGGAGCUGUCUUGAACUUUGGCCAGCGCACCUUGCAGUGCACUUCAUUGUUUGAUGACUCCCAAAGGUUGGAACUCAAGCACAUGGCAGCCGGGCACUUCAUGCUGGAGCUCCUGCCAGAGUCUUGGCCAAGGGUUCUUUGCAGUGGCAUGAGUCAUGUUUGGUUUCUUUGUUGCCCUCAUUGGCUCGAAGCACGAUGUUUGACUUCGCAUUGUCACUUCAUCGACGCCUUCUCGGACUACCAGAGCGACUACUUGCAGAACGACCUGAAGUACCAGUUCAUGAUGAUUUCACCACCGACAUCCACCUUCCUGUCGGACAUGGCUGCCUUGGAGGCAGCGCCGUUGGAGCCUUUGACUCCGUCGCUGGUGAAGAUCUUCAAGGAAGUGAACACGAAGGGCAUCGUGCCCUAUCGGUGGAAUCGGUUCAUCCUCCGCCUCGUCGACAGGAGGAAUUGGCAUGCAAGGAGCCUACUCAUUCAGUUCGCUUCAAGAGCUCACUUGCGCUAUUUGCCUUUUCCAUAUCCCUCGGUUUGCUCAGUGGAGCAAUGGCUUCUCCAGGCACAGUCAAUGAUCAACAUGAAGACUAUGAGCCGGCGGCACCACUUCAUUGCCCUCGAGACCGGUGGCUACACUGUGGAGCACCUGUUGGAGCUCGGGAGGUUGAGAGACCGAUGUGGCUGGAAGAUGGCAUUUGUGGAGGACAGUCUCUUGGCUGGAUUUCUUGCUGCCCGGAGCCAGAAGGGUCAGCGGGAGAAGCUUCGUGCCGCUGCCUUGGAGGAGACAAAGCAGAAGAUCGCCAAGGAGUCGGCCGAGAUGGAUCGCGAGAUCAUGGCUCGCCAGUUGCUUGGACCAAGAGGUGGUUUGCCGACCUUGCGAAGCGACUUGGUCAAGUUGGCGCUCUUGCUCAAUUUGACCCCUGGACCAAAGGAGACGGUGGCUCAGCUGCAAGGCCGCAUCCGCCCACUCGUGGACAUCUUGAAGAACAAGAACCCUCCGUUGCAUUCGACGCCCUUGGAGGUACCUCGUGCAGAUCCUCUCCAUCGUGUGACGCCCACGUCGUCCUCAUGGUCAGCCGUGUCCGGAAUGGAGGCACCGAAGGCGGCUAUGGAGCGGAAGCAGGAGGGAUGUCCAAUGCCCUCCGAACUUCACCAGAUGGAAGUUCGUGUCCAGGAGAUGAUGAAGGCCCAGGACGCUCGCUUUCAAGCUAUGUUGGGUCAAGUGCUGCAAGCCGUGAGUGGGAACCACAUCUCCGAGCGAUGUGGUCAUGGACCUGACCAAGGACGACCUGUGAAGAAUUUCGACGACCUUGUGGACACCGUCGAUGGCAACUUCAAGAUUCAUGGCAAAGUGAAGAAGGGCAUCAGCCAGAUGAUCUCACAAGCAUGGCAUCAACAUCGACGAGACCAGAUCGCCCUUUCAGUUGGCUUGAAGGAGAUCAAGGAAGUCUUCAUGGCCACUUGGAACAUGGAGAUGAGAGAUGCUAUGAAUGAGACCUUCGCUGUGGAACUUCGCAUGCCCACUUUUCUCACCGAGGUCUACACCGACACUGAGCCUGUGGCUCAGGCGACUCGUCGCCAUGGCUUGGUUGCUGGAGAAAGCUUGACUCUUGGCACUGGUUGGGAUUUUCGACUUCCUGAUCAUUGCAAAGCAGCACUGGCAUGGAUGAAGCGUGUCAAGCCCUAUGUUGUGGUCCUUGCUUUUCCUUGUGGUGCCUGGUCACAGUUGUUGGCCCUCAACGCUUCCGUUGACCUUGACAGGCUUCGUAGUGAGGCUUUUGAGUUGGUAUUCUUUGCCAUCGAGGUCGCUCGCUUGCAGUUGAGAGGAGGUAGGCACUACUUGAUGGAGAAUCCUCGCUCCUCCAUGGCAUGGAAGCUUGAGAUUAUGGAGGACUUUGUGCAGUCCACAGGCGCCUUGGAGGUGGUCGUGGACAUGUGUCGUUUUGGUCUUCGGGCCCCUGACGGUGAACUUCACAAGAAAGCAACGAAGCUGGUGACUUCAAUGCAAGCCCUCGUGUCCGCCUUCUUGGACAAGCGUUGUUUGGGAGAUCACCGUCACACACCGGUGAUUGGAGGCAAGAAGAUUUCUACCGCGGCGGGUCACUACACCAAGGACUUCGCCGACGCCGUGGUCGAUGCCUGCAUGCAGCAGUACGACUUCGAGAACGCCUACAUCUUCAAGGGCUACAACCAUGAGUCCGAGGCUUUCACUGUUGAACAUGAGGUGAUGGCCGUUGGAGAUGAUGGCGAUUUGGACUCCGAGGCUUCAUUUGAGGUCUCCAAGGACGAUGAGCAGAAGCCCAUUUCCGCAGCGGUGAAGAAUGCCGUUUACCGCCUGCAUGUGAACACCAGCCACCGGAGCAACCAGAGGCUGGCGAAGGCUUUGCUGAUUUGUGGAGCCCCCAAAGAAGCAGUUCUGGCAGCCAAGCGGCUGAAAUGUCCUGUUUGCGCUGAGCGGCGCAACCCAAAGCCUAGACCGGUUGCUGCAAAAGUGUUGAAAGACAAGAGCACUGCCUCCGUCAUUUAUUUUUUGCAGACGCUUUGGAUCCCACUUCUCGGUCGACCACAUACCAUCGUGGCCGACCAGGGCAGGGAGUUUGUCUCCGCCGAGUUCGGCGAUUGGUGCGACAGCCAGAGCAUCUACCUGUACCACAUUGGAGUCGGUGCCCCUUGGCAAAACGGGAUCUGUGAGCGAUCCGGCGCUACUUUGAAAGCGUUGGUUGGUGCUGUUGCUCAAUCUCACGCCAUUGGGUCCUUCGAAGAGAUGGAGUUGACAGUUGGAGAGGCCGUGGCUUCCUAUAACUCUGACUUGAAUGAAGGUGGGGUGGCACCCAUCCAGUUGGUCACGGGCAAGAUUCCUUCGCCUGGUGGUGAUGUGUUGAACAGCUUCAAUGCCCGCCUCAGCGAGCACUCUCUCAUUGAGGCGAAACCAACCCUGAGCAAGCUGGUCGCGAUUCGAGAGACGGCUCGACUCUCGAUGAUCAGACUACACUACAGUCGAGGCCUACGGCAGGCUGAACUCAGUCGCUCUCGAGCGACGACUGGUGAAGAUCUACCUCAACCUGGCGACUUGGUGUUCUUUUGGAGAGCUCAAAAGUAUCAGUCCAGGAAGGAUGUUGGUGCUGGCACUCGUCGCAGGCUGAUGCUUCGACGUUGGCAUGGGCCAGGACUCCUCGUUGCUACAGAAGGUCGUCAUGGAACUGAUUUAGCUGCCAAUUGUUUUGUUUCCUUUUGCGGUCAGUUGACCAAAUGCCCCUUGGAGCAUGUGAGAAAGGCAUCCUCGCUGGAGAGCAUAGCAGCUGGUUCUUGGGAGGCGGCCAUUGAUGAGGUGAUCAACGCAGCAAAGAAUGAAGCUCGAGCUCGCGAGCAUGAUGACGGUUCUGAUGAACCUGAGCCUGAUGGACCUUUACGACCAUCGACGCCGGAGCAGUUUGCAGGUCAGCUUCAGCCCUCAGAGAUUGUGGCUGCACUUCAACCGCCAAGUUCGGCAGCACCCUCGCUUGUUGGCAGGACGGCCCCGCCAUCAUUGCUUGAGACCGCUGGCGAAGGCACUGAGACGCCGGGCACGGCUGACGAGUCCUAUGGCAAGUUCGACUGUCCACCUUUGGAAGCAGAAGAGCAUGGCGCCCGUCCUGCAUUUGAAGCCUUGGAACUCACCCAUGAGGAACUGCAGAAGAUUUCCGAUGGGGCGGACGUGCAUCCUUUGUUGAAGCUCCAGGCAAUGAUCGACCUUGAUCGCGACCUGGGCAACACUAUGAGUGAGCCAGACCAUGGCACAUGGGACGGAAGAUGGAGUCUCAUUUGCCAACGUGAUUGGGACACACUGCAGCGCCUGGGAGCGCAACUUCCUUCAGGAGCACCUCAUGAUGUGCUGGCACUUCAAACUGCUCGCAAAGAGUAUGUCUGGAGCAAGAUGUCUCCAAAUCAGAAGCAGCUGUGGGGUGAGGCGGCAGUCACUGGAUGGAAGGCCUACAUCGACAACUCUGCCGUUGAGGUCCUCUCGAUGCAUGAGUCCAGUCGGGUCAUCUUGAGCAGGCAACGGAAGUCAGAUCCUAGCGCCUUGCUGGAACCACAUGAACACCGGCAGCUUAGAGCGAUCCUCGGAUCGUUGCAAUGGCUUGUGGCCCAGCUGAGGUUUGAUUUGUCUUUUGGUGUUUCAUCCCUACAGGGUGAAAACCCCCCAACAGUCGGGACUAUGCUCCGAGCCAAUUCCUUGGUUCGUGAGUUCAAGCGCACUGGAACCUUUGAACUGGUCUUUCGUCCGAUCGAUUACCGUUCAGCUGGCAUCGUCGCAGUCUCUGACGCAGCCUUGGGAAACGUGCAGCUGUCUGGCUCUUCUGAAGGAGCUGCCUCUGAGAAGGUCUACUCUCAGGCCUGCUACUACAUCCUGCUGGGUGAUAGUGCCUUGGUUGACGGAAAGCCGGGACAGUUUAAUGUCCUAGACACUCGGUCGCACCGAAUUCCGAGGGUUUGUCGUUCGACCUAUGCGGCUGAGACAUUGGCCGCUGAAGAGGCACUUGAUGCUGGGCAGCUGGCACGCGGCUUCUUGGCGACUGUCCUUGGGAAGGACAUGCUUGGUGUUCGCGCUGACAGCUCCACGAACGCCGUGAAGAUGACCGGAGUCGUUGACGCCAAGGACGUUUAUGACAAAUCCAACAGUGACACGGCUUCCUUUGGUUCACAAAAGAGCCUGGCAUUCACCAUUGCCUGGCUCAGGAGCUUGUUGAGGCGACCCAACACCGCCUUGAAGUGGACAGCCACGUCCAACAUGUUUGCAGAUGCUGGAACGAAAAUGAUGAGUUUGGAUCACUUGAGAAAGAUCCUUAGCUCAGGCACCUGGUCGAUCUCCUAUUCACCGGAGUUCCAGAAGCAGGUCUAUAAGGCCAAGUCAGCAAAGCCUUCAAAGAGCUCUACAGCAUGA